CGAUCAAGAAGAGAGAGCGAGAGUGAGUGAGAGAGGGAGGGAGAGAGAGAGAGAGAGAGUGCAGUUGACGGCUGCAGGUCGUUCACAGAGAGACACGCACAGUGGGUGAGGACGCAACACUAGACCCAGUCUUUCUGUUUUGUCUCCACUGUUGAGAGUUCUCUCAUCAUCUCUUCUCUUCGUUGUCAUCAACUUGGGGAAUUCAAACAUCUUUAUCGAAUUGGUUUGAAAAGGACAGACGGCCUUCUUAGCCCCGUCCCCACAACCCAGUGAUGCUUAGCUGCUGUAUCCCAGAGGCCCACCUUGGCAGUUAGAGGAGAGGUCAUCACCAUGACAGCGUCCUCGCAGGACUCCAAACCCUCGUCUAUGGCUGGCCUCUUCUUGCUCCUCCUCCUCCUCCUACCGACUGUUUUCACACAGACCUCAGUUCUGACAACCCAGGCCCCCUUGAUGUUUGACCCACUAACCCAGUCAGAGUGUACAAAGAAAGAACAUCCAAAGGUUUCCAUCCAAGCUCUCAGCCCAUGGAUAUCCACUUUCUCCCACCCUGGUGUGAAAGACUUCUCCCAGCUCACCCUUGACCUGACUAGGAAUGAGCUUAUUGUGGGUGCCAGAAACUACCUGUUCAGACUGGACCUCGGUAACAUGUCACUGAUACAGGCAACAGAAUGGGCACCGGACGAGGAAACCAGGAGAUCCUGUCAGAGCAAAGGCAAAACAGAGAUUGAGUGUCAGAACUACAUCAGAGUCCUGCUUGUGAACAAGACCGAGGUCAUGACCUGUGGAACCAACGCUUUCCAGCCACUAUGUAUUACUCGAGAGGUGGGCAACAUGAGCAGUGUGCUGGAGCGGGUGAACGGUGUGGCACGCUGUCCAUAUGAUCCUCGACACAAUUCCACUGCAGUGGUGACAGAGAGUGGAGAGCUGUUUGCCGCCACCGUCAUCGACUUCUCUGGCCGCGACCCCGUCAUAUACCGCAGCCUUGGUGGGAUGCCCCCUCUUCGUACUGCCCAGUACAACUCAAAGUGGCUCAAUGAGCCCCACUUCAUCUCAGCCUACGACAUCGGCCUCUUCACCUUCUUCUUCUUGAGGGAGAACGCGGUGGAGCACGACUGUGGCAAGACGGUCUAUUCCCGCAUAGCACGAGUCUGCAAGAACGACAUUGGUGGGCGGUUUCUCCUGGAGGACACCUGGACCACGUUCAUGAAGGCGAGGCUCAACUGCUCACGCUCCGGGGAGAUUCCCUUCUACUACAACGAGCUGCAGAGCACCUUCUACCUGCCCGAGCAAGACCUCAUCUACGGCAUCUUCACAACCAAUGUCAACAGCAUUGCAGCAUCUGCGGUGUGUGCCUUCAACCUAAGCGCCAUAACGCAGGCCUUCAACGGGCCCUUCCGCUCCCAGGAAAACCCUCGCUCCACCUGGCUUCCCACACCCAACCCCAUCCACAACUUCCAGUGCGGCACAAUCGAUGAUGAGGGUCCCAACGAGGGUCUCACAGAGCGCAGUCUGCAGGAUGCCCAGAGGCUCUACCUGAUGAAUGACGUGGUCCAGCCAGAGUCUGUUGAUCCAUUGGUGAUGCAGGAUGACGUUCGCUUCUCCAACCUGGUUGUGGACAUUGUUCAGGGCAUGGACACACUCUACCAUGUCAUGUAUAUCAGUACAGAAUAUGGCACCAUUCUGAAGGCUCUGGCUACACCCAACAAGAACCUACAAGGCUGUUACCUGGAGGAGAUGGAGCUUCUCCCACCAGGUGUUCGAGAACCCAUCCUAAGUCUGCAGAUCCUGCACAGUGACAGGUCACUCUUCGUGGGACUUAACAACAGAGUCCUGAAGAUCCCCCUUGAGAGGUGUUCCAACUACAAAACUGAGAUGCUGUGUUUGGAAGCGAGGGAUCCCUACUGCGGCUGGGACUUUAGGCAGCGAAGAUGCACCACCCUGGAGGACAGCUCCAACAUGAGCCAAUGGAAGCAGAACAUCACUGUUUGUCCGCUGCGAAACCAAACCACUAAUGGUGGCUUCGGAGCCUGGGCACCAUGGCAACCCUGCAACAAUGAUGAUGGUGUGGAUGGCGUCAGCUCCUGUUUGUGUCGCUCCAGGUCUUGUGAUAGCCCCGCCCCUCGAUGUGGAGGCAAAAACUGCGAGGGCCCCACCAUAGAAGUCGCCAACUGCUCGAGAAAUGGAGGCUGGACACCGUGGUCAUCGUGGGGACAAUGCAGCACAACCUGUGGCACAGGCUUCGAGCUGCGCCAGCGCUCUUGUAACAACCCGUCCCCUCGACACGGCGGACGUGUGUGUGUGGGGCCGAGCAGGGAUGAGAGAUUCUGUAACGAGGGGGAGUCCUGUCCUCAGCCCAUCUUCUGGUCUCCAUGGGGCUCCUGGACCAAGUGCAGCACCGAGUGCGGGGGAGGUGUCCACUCCAGGGUCCGCACUUGUGAGAAUGGCAACAGCUGCCCAGGAUGUGCUCUGGAAUACAAGGCCUGUAACCUGGAGGCAUGUCCAGAGGUUAAGAGGAACACACCUUGGACUCCCUGGAUGCCUGUCAAUGUAACUCAGGGUGGAGCUCGUCAGGAGCAGAGGAUGCGCUACAUGUGCCGCGCACAUCUUUCCGAUCCCCACGAGCUGCAGAUUGGACGCAGGAAGGUGGAGACGCGCUUCUGCCCCAAUGAUGGCACAGCAGUCUGUGAGACGGACACACUUGUGGAGGAGCUCUUGAAGAUACCGGUGGUUAGAGUGGCGGGCACCAGCUGGUCGUCAUGGGAGACGUGGUCAAGCUGCUCCCAGAGCUGUGCCAAAGGAUACCGCACACGUCGGCGCUCCUGUGCUGGACCAGAGGGAAAAAGUGCCCCUGUCGCAUGCCGUGGUUCGCCUGUGGAGUACCAGGACUGUAAUGUCCAAGCAUGUCCUGUGAGUGGUGCUUGGUCCUGCUGGUCGUCCUGGUCUCUGUGCUCAGUGGGUUGCGGCAGCGGUCACUACCAACGCACACGCUCCUGUAACAGCCCCGCACCGGCCAGUGGAGGGAACAUCUGCAUCGGACUACACACUGAAGAGGCCCUGUGUAACACGCACACUUGUGACGGUGGCUGGAUGGCCUGGUCGUUGUGGUCAGCCUGUGAUGAUUCAGGCUUGCAGAUGAGGAGUCGAGUGUGUGGUGCUCAGGGCAACACCCCGUGUGUAGGGAACAGCACUCAGCGCAGAGACUGCAAUGAGAUACCUGUCAUUCUGCCUGCAUCUGGUUUUGAUAAGGACCAACACUGUGGCGCGUUUACCUCCAUCCACCUAAUUGCCACCGGUGUGUCUUGUUUCCUGGGGGCGGGGCUGCUGUCCUUCUUAAUCUAUGUCUACUGUCAACGUUACCAUAAGCCCUCGCAGGAGUCAGCUGUCAUUCACCCCACCACGCCAAACCACCUCAACUACAAGGGCAACACCACGCCAAAGAAUGAGAAGUACACGCCCAUGGAGUUCAAGACACUGAACAAAAACAACCUGCUGCCAGAUGAAAGAUCCAACUUUUAUCCAACACCGCUCCAGCAGACGAACGUCUACACCACCACCUACUAUCCCACACCACUUGGCAAAUAUGACUACCAGCCCAACUCCUCCCCGUCACCAUGCAGAACCUACAACCACAGCAACAACAGCUGAGACAUGCUCCCCCACCGGCUCUUCAACCCCCCUGCUGCCGACCCAAACGGACACCGCCCCGACGUCAUGGUGACAUGACUGAACCGACGUGAACUGAUACGUUUCUCAGAGCCAGGUUCCUCUGUUCGCCCAUGGUCACUCUCCUCACUCCCGUAGUCUCUUCCACAUGGUAGGCUUUGUGUUUUCAAGGGCAUUUCUGGAACUUUCCAUCAGGAGAUGUGGGUUUGGACAACAAUGCCCAUGUCCCGGUGCAUUCAGGGACUGGUGCAGCCAGCUUGGAUUGUGUUAUUGCAAGGGGCCUGACCUGACUUAGCAGUGUCAACCCAGAGCAUCGUGUUCAUGAGAGGAUCCAGUGGAAGAAACAGUGGAGUUAUGGCUUCAGACAGAUUGUUAUGACUGGAGCACAUCAGCACAGGUGCUGAAUUGAGCAAUUACAGAGAAGAACAGGAACAGAAAAAUGUAAUGAAAACAUAACAUUUAUCUGGGUCAGCAUUUUCUGCCUCUCUAAUAUAAGACACAUUCUCAGCCUGUAAUAAACUGCGAGUCCCUCGUCAACAAAGGCAGUUAGUGAGAAUAAAUAGCGCAUAUCUUCACGUCCUUGCCACACAUUACAGAGCAAGAGCGCAACAAUUCAGUCAUUGAAGUCAAUGAUGAAAUAAAUUAGAGAUCAAUAUCAGCUCGGUUGUUUGGGGCUGAUGAACGCCCUCCAUUGUUGAGAUUUCACGUGACGGGAAAAGAUAAGAACUUUUGAGGCAAGUUUCUGCACAGCUGUUUGGAAGAGACACAGCGCUAAACAUCAGCAGGAAUUGGAGUGGAAGAGACUUGAAAUCAGCUUAUGAUCAGAGUCACGCCUUCUGUGGACAAGGGUGUUUAUUCAUACAGUCAAAGCAAGGGGGAUUGUGGGAAGUGGAACUGUACAUAUAGCUUUUGGAACGCCUCGGGUGCCUGUAUGCAAUAGAGGGCAGGGGCAACAUAUGUUUUCUUUCCAAUACUUCUGUUUUCUUUUCCACAAGAACAAUAAAGACUUAUUAAAAAAAGAGAAUUGAUUGAUUCUCCAAUUGAUUCUUCAGUGGAUGCAUCGAUUCUACUGAGUGCUAAAAUAGCUCGGUGGUCAUAUCAAAUAUGGCCAGUGUGCUGAACAACUGGAUCGGGUUUUCUAUGAUGGUAGAAUAAGCUAGUAGACUGGCACUUGUUAUCUUUUUUUUUAAGUUUGUUUUUUUAAGAUAAUUGUUUUAUGCUCAGACGAGCCGUAGCAUAGGAGGAAAUAUUUUGUUACAUGAGCUAUAGCUAAUUAAUUGUCGUUUCUCUAAUUUCGCUCUGAUGAAUCAAACAUUCCUUCUUUUCUUUUCUUUUCUUUUUUUUUAUUGAUUGUUCAGCAACUCCAUAACCAUGGCAUCUUCAGUUCCUGAUAUGUUGACACGCACACAAAGACAAACAAUAAAUGUGAUGGAAAAACUGAUGUGGUUUUUAUACACACUAAAAGAAAGAGAGCAAGGUAACAAUAACAGCGUGGUAGGUGGAUGGUAACAAUUGUUUAAUAUGGAGGUAAUUAUGGUUAAUAUCAUCUUAUUUCUAAUGAAAUUUCCAGCUUGGUAAUAACAAAUGUAACGUUAUGUAAUGUGUGUGGUAAUAUGGAGAUAUGGAGUAUCCCGCCUUUCACCCAAUGUCAGCUGAGAUUGGCACCAGUGGCCCCCGUGACCCUCAUGUGGAGGAUAAAGCGGUAGAAGAUGAAUGAAUAAAGUAAAACCAUGUCAUAUUUAAAGUAAUGAGAAUUAUUGUAGGCUACCAUCACUGUAAUAACUUUCCAUUAAAAAUGUUUGGGAUUUAAAAUAUUAUAAUGUUGAAAUUCAUCCCAUCUCAUGCCGCAAACACUAUUUUACCAUUAUUACCAACCUAUUACUUGUAAUUGCAAUAUGUAUAAGGUUGUAUAAUCAUAAUAUUACUUCCCUAUUACAAAAUAAUUACCACAAUAUUACCAUAUUGUUACUGUGCUCUAAUGUGAAAUGUUACCAGUCUUAAAAAAACAUUUAUUUGGUUCCAAUCUUUUUUAAGAAAAAAAAAAAAAAAAAGAAACAUAAAACUAAAUUAUGCUUGCUGUGUGAAGAUCUAAAUGAGUGCGCGUGUGUGUGUGAAAUCAUGUGUACAUGCAAACUCUCUGCGUGUCUGUAUGCCUGAAUGAGCAAAGGGGUGUUAGCUGUAUUUUGUACAAUGUAAAUGCUUUCAUACAUAUGACGAUACAUGAGGAGGUGUGUAACAGCUUUUUUUUGUCCCCACAUUGUGUCACUGACCCUCCAGACAUUCUCCUGUUCUUUUUCUAUACUUCAUGUACGAGAUGUUAAUCAUUGUAAGUUAAAGCAUUGCUCCUCUGGUUCCUGCUGGAGGUUGAACGGACUCUAUUUAUAGUCAGUGCUUGGUUUAUAAAAGGGCAUUUCCACAGCUAUAUUUUAUUAUUAUUGCCUGAUCAACGAAUGCUAGCCCAGAAAUGCUUUUUUCAGUUUAGCUACCGUACGUGCACGAAAUGAGAGCUCUAUGUGUAUAUAGGAGCGACAGCCUUCUGCAGCCCAUUUAAUGACCACAAGAGGACCGUGUAAAUGUAUCUGUAUAGUGUAUAGCUAACACUGUUUGUUUAAAAGAAAAAAGAAAAAAAAAAAAGCCUUAUAGUUGUUUAAAAAAAAGUGCAGCAGCUAAGUACACACCAACCAUGAGGUUUGUUUGGGGAGAAAGCUCCACAAUGUGACCAACUGCCCUUGGCUUUUGACCUCCUCCAGCUGCUUAAACAGCCAGUUUGCAGAGACACAUGAACCCAGGCUGAAAAUAAGUCGGUUGUAGCACUGAUCCUGAGAAUUCAACAUGAUAGACAAAUGAACACAUUAAAUGGAAUUCAGUCCUGUCUCAAUCCUAACUAAGCCUUCAUUGGCCCGGGGAGAAAGCCAGUCGUGUGAUUGGUCCAUUUUGAGCUCUGUCCCUGGUGAUGUGAGGCUCUUUGCCCUUCUAUGCAACUUACCAGGUGUACUGUUAGACCUGUCAUGUAGACUGUAAUCACUGCCUUUUAGACACUGUGAAUUUUUGGUACCCUAUAUUUUUGUAUAUUGUACAUUAUAAAGGAUAAUAAACCUUGAUGCCAACGCA